GGAGAGGAGAGAGCUCAGCCUCCGGAGAGGGAGGAGAAAGGGCUACAUGGAGGAAUACACCGCUCUGUUUUUACACAAAAACUGACCCGGACAACAUAUUUUUCUUUUGUGUCCAUUAGGACACAAUGAAGAGUCCUCGGUUUCUGUGUUAGUUUUUGUAAGCGAACAGGAGUAAAGGAGCGCUCCUCAAGAGUUUUAUUAGUCCACGGUACGCUGAAGCCACCGCUGCUGCUGCCAGUUUCUCCGCGAAUAAAGACGGCUUCAGCAGGGGAGGACCUAAAAUAAACUUUGUUGAAACAAUGCAGGGGAUUUCAGCUACGGACCUGACGGCCUCCUCCCUGCAGUAUUCGUGUGGAUCAGUGGACUAUUUGUGUUCUCCACGGCUGGCAAAGAAAGGCCCAACCACCAGACCAUGUCACGACAAGCCCGCUAUCAAGCCGCGGCCUCAGACCUCCACCUUAUCCAGACCGCCAACUGCUCAGAAACCUCAAGUGCCCCCUAAACCUGCGCACCUGCUCGCCCUUGGGCAAGACAAGAAACCGAAGAGGAUCCCUCCGGCGCCCUCGAGACCUCUGCCGGCACCCCCCCCUCCUCCCAAACCAAAGCCUUGCCUGAGUCCUACUGGCCUGGGAGCACAGCCGCAGAGAGAGCCUCAGAAGGUUGGACAGCUCAUCGAGAGGUUUAAUAACUCCAGGGUCCCCAUCCUGGGGGUGCUCCCACGGUCACAGCUGUCUCUUUGUCUGAGAAUGGACACUGCGUCUGACCUCCCUCCAUCCUGCAGCUCGAAUACCACCACAAAGGUCGCUGAAGACUCCUCAUCUGUGGACAAACCUGCACUUGGCACCUCUGAACAAACUGACGGAGUGUCCGAGCUUUCCCAUCUCGCGUCAAUGCACAUCGACGGCUCGGACAACGGCGGGCUUGACAACUGCAUGGAGCAUGACAUCACGCAAAGAGUUGGCUAUAUCAACGAUGCGGACUGCGAACAGGGCUCUUCCCAUAAACUCAUAGACAAUCCUGACUCCUCACAGCAGAAUGGAAAGAUUCCCAACAGGGACAGCGGCAUCGACAGCCCGUCGUGCGCCGCUGAAGGGGAGGUGUUCCCCAACGAGGACGCCAUUGACGAGGAGGAUCAUUACGACAGUGUCACUGAAACGGAGAGUGUGUCCUGCUGCGUUACGCUGGACAAUAAAAGGGACUCCACGCAGGAUGAGGACAGUGACAUAGACGAGGGGAGCAGUGGAGAGAUCCCAUCUCUUACAGACACACAGACUGGGUAUCUGACAGAUGCACAAUCAGAUGCACAGAAAUGCUCGGAGGCUCAGAAGCUUCUGAACAUCGCCAAAGAGCUCCUCCACACUGAAGAGGCCUAUGUGAAAAGACUCAACCUCCUCGACCAGGUAUUUUGCACUAAGCUCACAGAGGCCGGAAUCCCUCAGGACGUCAUUACGGGGAUCUUCUCCAACAUUUCCUCCAUCUACUUAUUCCACGAUAAAUUCCUACUCCCAGAGCUCAAGACGAGGAUUACUGGAGAAUGGGAAUCAACCCCCCGCAUUGGAGACAUCCUCCAGAAACUGGCUCCUUUUAUGAAGAUGUACGGAGAAUAUGUGAAGAACUUUGACCGAGCCAUGGACCUGGUCAACACCUGGACACAGAGGUCAUCUCAGUUCAAGAGUGUCGUCCAGAACAUACAGAAACAGGAUGUGUGUGGGAACCUCACGUUGCAGCACCACAUGCUGGAGCCGGUCCAAAGGAUUCCUCGUUACGAGCUCCUGCUCAAAGACUACCUGAAAAAGCUGCCUGACGAUGCUCUCGACCACAAAGAUGCAGAAAAGGCGCUGGAGCUGAUCUCUACUGCAGCCAAUCACUCCAAUGCAGCUAUCAGGAAAAUGGAAAAGAUGAACAAGCUGUUGGAGGUUUACGAAAGGCUCGGAGGAGAGGAGGACAUAGUAAAUCCAGCCAACGAGCUCAUAAAAGAAGGGCAUAUCAAAAAAAUGUCAGCCAAAAACGGAACAGCUCAAGACCGAUACCUCUACUUGUUCAACAAUAUGGUGCUAUACUGCGUCCCUAAGCUGAGACUGAUAGGGCAGAAGUUCAGUGUCAGAGAGAGGAUUGACAUUGCAGGAAUGGAGAUCCAAGAAAAUGUGAAGCAGAACCUUCCUCAUACAUUCGCCAUUAUUGGUAAACAGCGUUCACUGGAGCUGCAGGCCAGGACAGCAGAGGAGAAGGAAGAUUGGAUUCAGGUGAUAAUGGCUACCAUUGAGCGGCACAAACAAAACAGCGAAACGUUCAAUAAAGCUUUCAACAGCUCCUUCUCCCGUGAAGAUGACCACGUGCCGGAGUCUCCGGGUCCCUGGUCCAGCACUGCCAUCGACUCAGAUGGACUUCAAGAAAGGAAGAGCUCCAAGAAAAAGGAGAAAGAGAAACAGACGUGCAGAGGCUGCAAUGAGAGCUUCAAUUUCACAAAGCGCAAGCAUCACUGCAAGUCCUGCGGAGCGGCCAUCUGUGCAAAGUGUUCAAAAACCUUGGACAAUAAAACGAGCCGAGUGUGUCCCGAAUGUUUCGAAGCCAGUCUCAGCCUUGAAAUGAUCUGUGGUGGCGAACAAAAGAGAAAAGCUGCAGCUGAGAGACUGCUAUCUCUGACAGGGGACAGCUGCCUGCUGUGUAGCUACCUCCAGGUGCAGGAGAAGGGGAAGAGUUGGACCAAGAUGUGGGUGGCUGUAACAAAGACUGAGCCACUGGUGCUGUACUUGCAAACCAGUGGACAGGAUUUCAAAGGGUCGCGGGCUGUACCUCUGCCCGGCUUCGAGGUGAGCACGGUUCCGCCAGCCACAGCCGAUAAACCAGAAGUGAAACACGUGUUCAAGCUCAGUCACAGCCAGCAAAACUUCCUCCUAAGUGCCCAAGACGCAGAACUUCAAGCCAAAUGGGUGGAGGUCCUCUCCAAAGCUGCCCGUGCAGAAGCGCCCACUGAGACAUUGACGAGCCUGACUGAACACAGGAAGAGCCAGUAGCGGCCACGCAAGAGCCGCCGGACUCUCUCCCCCAUCCUGUGUAUAAAGCACACAUUACUUGAAUUCACUUUACCUUGGCACUUUUGUUUUCUCUCCUCUUUCAAUGGACCACUCAAUACUUCCUAGUCCACCUCUAUCUUACCCUCUUGACCACACAGCUACUUGGUUUUUCUUCAUCUUUUCUCUGAAAACACACACACACAAACCAAUACUUCAAUGCCGCUGGUCAGGAUGUUUUAUUUCUGUGUUUUGAACAACUGGAGCAGAUCUCUGAAGAACAUUUAUUUGUAAUAUAACUGAAGAAAAAUCCAGUUUUUAGAUGAAGUUCUUGUACAUUAUUCCAUGGUGUCAUGAAGCAUUAACUCUUAGGUGUCUGUCUUUGCAUUAGUGUGUGUGUGUGUGUGUGUGUGUGUGUGUGUGUGUGUGUGUGUGUGUGUGUGUGUGCGUGUGUGUGUGUGUCUGAGCGUCUGAGUCCCUUCCUGUGUUACAAUAAGUAUUGAAUGCCUGUGUAAGAAACCUCCUCUAUGGCUUUCAUUCCUGCUGAGGGCACAGUGUUGGUUCUGUGGGUCUUGUACAGUAUGUGUACUAUAAUGUGAUGUAAGGAAACAAAAACAAAACAGACAUUUAACUUAAAAAAUACAUUUGUGGCUGGCCACCUGAUGUUUCCAGUUUUAGCACCUGUCCCUCAGACCCCAUCCUGUUCAUUUGUGGUACUUUGGUACAGAUUCCCUCUCUGUCAUUGUCACUGGAGUCUGAGACGUCUGAUCCGAGUGGGAUUUCCACUCCUGUCUUUGUGUGAUAGAUCUCGAUCACGUGGCUUCACUUUAGUGUCAGCCUCAACAUCUCCACUUGAACACAGAUGAAAAGAAACCCCGUCUGUGCAGUUCAGUCUCUCACAGUCUCUCCCUUUUAAGUGAUGCUAUAAAAGCCAAGUACUAUAGUGUAAGAAAAGAAAAAGUUUAUUCUGCCUUUCCCCUGCGUACCCUUCCCCUAGCAGCACCAGCCUUUAAACAAUAGUAGCAAAUAAAUUCGCCCUUCAGUCUCCUUUUGCAUGUAAACUAACUCAUAUUUAUAUGCUCUGCUAUAAAAAUCAACUAUUUGUCCCUCGUUUUAUGCUCCAAAGCUCAUUGUUGUUGUAUUUUUCUGUAUGUGAGCAGAAUCGUCCCUUUUUUUGAACGAUUGUGCAAUGAAAAAAUAAAGGAGUUGAGCAUAUCAUCAAUAAACAAGCGUGGCUCGUUUGACGCUGCGCUGUCCAGUAAGAUCCAAA